AUGAAGCCCCCUCCUCGGAAAUGCUCCAAACCGGAGCUGAGCACCCCCCCUGUGCCCGUGAAGUGGCAGAGACCGGAGCACAUGAAGCUCCUGAGCGGGCUGAAGAGGCAGUCCAGAACCAUCAUGGGGGCCGGAGACCUGGACAGGAGAGGUAUCAGGUGUGUGACCCUCUCUCUCUCUGUUUGUCAGAUGUUGGUCGUCUCGUCCACUGAGCCGCUGACUCUAAGGAACUGUGACCCCCCUAACAUACAGAGACAGACCUCCAAUCAGAGCAGACCCGUGGGACGCACCGUUCCCCCCAGACUCAUCUUCAGACCAACACCUUUAGCAGCCCCCCUCCUGGUCCUGAAGACCCCAGCCCCCACCAUGGGCCCCGCAAGGAGACUCCCAGCUCCCUCAAAAGUGCUUCUAGUCCCUCUACUCCAGGGAGAGCCAUCUACAAAAACUGGAGCCUCUGCUGCCCCCUCCUGUCAGACAGCCACUACUGCAUCCCCCCAGCCUGCGACCCCCCCGUCACCCCGGUUACCCCGCUCCCUCAUUUCAGCACUGGCUACCAAGCCCACUCCCCCCCCUCCCUCAAGCCCAGCAGCUGCCCUCCCUGCCGGAUUAGGUCGAAGCUGCAUGUUGAAGGAGGACAGUCCCAGGAUUAUUGGAGUGAAAUGUGUGGUGGACUUUGAGCAGAUCUACAGAUACCUGAGUGUGAUCCUGAAGCCCGACAAGGAGUGUCACCUGACCCCCAUGGAGGGCGCUAUCAUGCUGGAUCUGCUGAUGUCUCUGCCCGAGGAGCUUCCACAGCUUGACUGCAAAGAGCUGCAGAAACACCUGAAACAGGUGUAUCAGAGCCUCUCCUCCUCCGCUGACUCCAUGACGGCAGGAGACGUGCUCAAAGACCUGCAGGGCCAACUCAGUACUCCGACCGAGUCUCCUGCUGCUCCAGAGAGGGACGAAUCCGACGCUCAGCAGAACCUCACUGAUGCACACAGCGAUGGGGUCGCACCGCAGCCACAUGACGCUGAGAGCCAAUCAUCUGAGAUCAGCAAUACCACAUCACAGCAGGACGCGGACAUUACCGGGGUCUGCCCCCCUCUCAACCCUUUCAUGGUGCCUGUGAAACUUAAAGUGCAGAAAAGUUCCACUUCAAACUGCGUCAGCGUGAAAGAUUCUUUAUUUAAAAAAAAAUUCUUUAUCAUUUCAGACCAGAACAAAAGAACCAAACAUUGGUCAGAUUCAUCCUGGUCUUCUUUACUGAUUUUACUACCUCUUCAGUGUAAAUAAGUCUCGGAGCUCCUCAAAACAUGUGUGUGAAGUUUCUUGUUAUUAAUCCACUCUGAUCCU